CACUGGAAUAUUGGACAUUUAUUUGCAAGGUAAUAUAUGGACAAAAAAAAUCUUUAAACAAAUUAAUCUAAUGAUGUAAAAAGAAAAAAAAUCUGGGUAUCGUCUCUGUGUCUUGUUGCUGAAAAUGGAUAAAAACAAAAGACCAACAGUAACACACUAAAAAUCCUGAACAAUCAAAAACUGCACAUUGUCUAUUAUGUAGACUAACACAUGUAAUUUCUAUUAACUUUAAUACUACACACACAAUGCAACACCACAAAAUGCAGUAAAGAUAUUAUUCAAUAAUACUUUUAUUAGAUUAUGGAGUUAUGCAAAAAUUAGAUGGGCCCAAGUCCAAUAAGAAAUUAAACUGACUACUGCCACAAAAGAUAAAAAAUCCAUGAGUUUUUGCAAAUCCAUGAGCAACAAAAGAAGAGCUAAGGAGAAUCACCAUCUUUUACUAGACACAGGCAGAAAAAUGUCACGGGAUGAGGAAAAGGCUGAGGUACUUCAUACCUCCCCUUUGCCUCAGCCUUUAAUGGAAAGAUCCAUUGGUAUCCAUGUACCCAGUCCUGACAUGGAAGACAGAGCACAGUGAAGCCCCCAUAAUCCAAGCAGAAAUAGUCAGUAACCUGACACACACAAGUCAAUGGGGCUGGAUGGGAUCCACCCACGGGAACUGAGGGAGCUGAACGAAGUGCUCACUGAGUCGCUUUCAAACAUUUACCAGCAAACCCAGCUGACUGGGGAGGUCUCAGUUCACAAGAGGUUUCCAAAUGCAAUACCCAUCAAGAAGAAGAGUUAGAAGGAAGAUCCAGAGUCUGUCAGGUCUGUCAGUCUGACCUUGGUGCCAGGGAAGGUCACGGAGCAGAUCCCCUUGAGUGCCAUCACAUGUGCAGGACAGCCAGGGGAUCAGGCCCAGGCAGCACAAGUUUGUGAAAGGCAGGUCCUGCUUGACUGAUCUGAUCUCCUUUUCCAUGAUAAGAUGACCCACUUAGUGGAUGGGUGAAAGGCUGUGGAUGUGCCUACCUGGACUUCAGGAGAGCCUCUGCCACCAUUUCCCACAGCAUCUCCUGCAGGAACUGGCUGCUCACGCCUUGGCCGGGUGCUCUGUUGGAUGGGCAGGAAGCUGUUGGCAUGGCCGGGCCCAGAGGCUGCUGCUGAAUGGAAUUCCAUCCAGCAGGGCUCCCCAGGGCUCAGUGCUGGCACAGCUCUGUUCAAUAUCGUCAGCAAUGAUCCACAUGAGGGGAUCCAGGGCACCCUCAGGCAGUCUGCAGACACACCGAGCUGGCCGGAGGGCAGCAAGGCUCUGCAGGGGGAUCUGGACAGGCUGCAUUGAUGGGGAGAGGCCAGAGCUCUGCGGUUCAACAAGGCCAAGUGCCUGCGCCUGCUCCUGCCCUUGGGUCACAACAACCCCUGCAGCUACAGCCUGGGCCAGAGGGGCUGGAAAGAUGCCUGGGGGGAAAGGUCCUGGGGGUGCUGCUCAACAGCAGCUGAACGAGAGCCAGAGAGUGCCCAGGUGGCCAAGAGGCCAAGGGCAUCCUGGCCUGGAUCAGCACCAGAGUGGCCAGCAGGACCAGGGCAGUGACCAUAACCCUGACCAUCCUCACUCAGGAAUGGUGAGGCCACACCUUGAAUUCUGGGUUCAGUUCUGGGCCCCUCACUGCAAGAAGGACGUUGAGGUGCUGGAGAGAGUCCAGAGAAGGGCAAUGGAGCUGUGGAAGGGUCUGGAGCACAAGUCUGAUGAGGAGCAGCUGAGGAAGCCGGGGAUGUUUAGCCUGGCGGAAAGGAGGCUCAGAGGAGAUGAGAUAACAAGCACUAAGACAAGAAAAAAUGGUCUCAAAUUGCACCAGAGGAGUUUUAGAUUGGAUACUAGGAAAAAUUUCUUUGCUAAAAGAGUGGUCAAGUAUUGGAACGGGCUACCCAGGGAAGCAGUGUAAUCACAGGUCUUCAAAGUUUUCUAAAGACUCACCGAUGUGGCUCUUAGAUGUGGCUUAGUGGUGAACAUAGUGGCACUGAAAUGGACUUGAUCUUGAGAGGUCUUUUCAAACCUAAAUGAUUCUAUCAUUCUAACUUAUCAAUAUUUCAUCACUAGAAUUCUGUUGCACAGAAGAAAAAUACAUUGUUCCAUACCUGUCCACUGACCUCAGACAGGAAGCAAAGAAAACAAGUAGAUUUAAACUGUCAUUUUUUAAAAGCAUGUGGGUAAUUUUUCAUUAAUGGUAAUAAUGCUAAUGUAAACAUGUCAACUACAGGAGUAUCCUAUGUAACAUAAACUGUAGAGUUUUUUUAACAUGCAAACCCCAACAUCCUUCUUAGGCUGAGUCCGCAAUAUUUGCAGUGACACUAAGCAUAAAAAACCCCAGGAAAGUCUGAACUCUGAACACUUUCAGUAACACUCUAAUGCAGAUUUUAUUUUUUUUUAAAUGAAGCAUUUUUUCAGUAACACUACAUUUUUAAGAGUUUGGUAAUAGAAUACUGAUAUUUUCACCUCAGGGUUACUAAAUUCAAUAUGGCCCAGAUCAAUAGCAACUCAAAGUCAUCACCAUUUGAUGAGAAUUUGGAGCUCAGGUUAAAAUGUAUUAUGAACUUAGACUACUCCAGUGAAUAGCUUCAUAACUGACACUAACAUGUAUCAUUGCUGGCAGUCUCAAUACAGAGCCUUAAAUUCACUGGGAACACAGAGAUUUACUUUCUGGACCUACAGCAAUUCUUCUGAGUGAGGAUUAAGGACCAGUAGCUCACACUAUGAGGAAUCUCAGACUGUUAGCUGCUUAUUUGUACCUAUCCCAAGAAUAAAAGAACAUUAGAACCCAGACACACUUUUUAAGUAGCAUAUUUGCUUCACUGCUUAGAAAGAGAAAAUAAAUUAUUUCAAAACUAGAUGACCUCAGGCUGCACACCAGAACAGAAUAACCCUUCCCCUCAAAGACCAAUUUAUUAAAACAUCUGGUUUACACAGUGCCUUAAUCCUGCUAAGACACAAACUGCUUGCUUAAGAAAUUAACAUUUUUUAAAAGCCUGGAAACUGUAUUUAGGUAAUCUGUCAUAUGACAUCUGAUUAGAACAAGAACCACAUUAUUUGCUACUAAUGAAAAAGCAUACUCAAAUUUCAAAGCAGCACAGAUGUGGGAAGAUCCAAGGCAGAAGAGAGCAGGUGGUAGGUUAGCUGGCAAUUACAAAAUGUACAAGGUUAUAAAAUGACUAAGACUUAAUUGUCAAAUCUAUACAUUUUAAGCUAACAAAAUAGUAAUUUAGUAUUUGUAUAGCAUUUUGCCUUUUAAUGUUAGAAAGCAGAGAGAACUCUUCUGUACAGGUAAAGUUAUAUCACUCUUCUGCAGCCAGCUUUCAAAUAAAAUCUUCAUGAUUAAAAAGCUCACUCAGUUAUCAAUAUCCUAUAUCAGAAACACAGUGCUUUGAUGGCCCAGGCUGAGAAAAACAAAAGCACAAAAUGCAUUUCAACCAGAAAGGAGCUCAGCACCAGAAUGAUCAGAGUCUACAGUUCAAUAAUUAAGAAAAAAUGGUAACUACCAUGUUUCCAGCAUCUACAAUAACUUGUGUAAAAACAAUGCUUAUGUAUAAAAGUAUACUUAUAUAAUAUAUAAAAGUAUACUUAAUGAAAGUAUACUUAUGUAUGGUUUUAUUUCACAGUAUUUUUAAUAAUCUUAAUUUAAAGGUUAACAGUAUAUCAAAUGCAAGUGAUGUAUGCUUGUGCACAAAAAGUUUUUACUACUCCUGCUUUUGUAAAAUCAAGCCAGCUGCUACUGCAAUAUCAGAAACACCCAAAUGCCAAGAAGCGCUGCAGAUAACAUGAAAAACAAAAAUAAUGAGAAACAUCAUUUUCUAUCCAUACAUCUGGUCCAGCUGGAAGGGAUCAGGCACUGUCUUUCUCCACCUUUAUCUCCUCUUUACAGAGCAAGCAAAUAUCAAAAGGUCAAAAGUAUUCACCAGUCAUUGAGACAGAACUUGGAACUCUAUCUUCAUAGAUGAAUGAGUGAAAUAAUGAUAUGCAAUGGAGAUUCCAGGGGAGACGAUGAGGAAUCUGAAAACCAAAAGGAAUUAUAAUCCUGGUCCCACUGAAGUCAAUGAUAAAUCUCCCAAUGAUUUCUUAAGGGUCAAGAUUUUCAUGCAACAAUAUUCUUCACAUAAGCAAUGAACCCUCAUGAAAACAACAUGUGUUACAAAUCACAUAAAAUCAAAUCAGAACAAAGUGUAAUGGAAAUCCCACUGAGAGAAAUGAUUCAUCAAUAGCAUGAUUCCAAAAACAGUGAAGACAUAUAUUCUUGCAUGAAUAUUUGCAGAAGUGACUGAACAAGAUCAGAUGUAAGAAAAUAUGCCCUCUAAAAGUUCCUUUUCUUUCUUCCAGCUCCACAUAAUAAGUUGCUCAACAGGGAAGUAAAGGAUUAAAUGGUUACCAACUUGUGGCUUAACAACAUAUUCGGGCUACAAAAUACUACAUCUCAAAGGAAGUCCAUUCCCUCUAAACUUCCCUUAAUUAGUAAUAAGCACACAUAGAACAAGUUUUCCAGUCACCUUUUAGUGAGAUACAGGAAAAAAAAUCAAACUUGAGCAAAGUAAAUUAAGACCUCAACAACCUGUAAGAUCUUGCAGAUCUUCUCCUUCUCAGAAACAGAGCAUCAACAUUCAGUCACAAAAUAAAAAGAAUCUUAGAAAUAAACUUCACUUGUUUUGCUUUGAAGAGUUUUGUUGAUCAGCAUGAGACAAAGCUUUUAGCAAUUCCUUCCAGGUUCUUAGUCAUAUGCAGUUUGCAUGGAUAGUAUAGCCAGCACUAUAUGAAUAUGCAAUUUAGUCCUAGGCAAGUAUAUGAUUUCCUAUACAGCAAAAAAAAAACCCUCUCUAGAGUCCCAUUACUUCAUUUCCAUGCUCUCAAAUACAACUGAGUCAGCUCACACUAUUUCCAACAGAUUGAGUUCAAGAACAGGAUAGAUGGAAAGGUUUCAUAAAUGAUAUAGGUAACAUGAUCUUGGUAUGUGCCUCCACCUACAUGUGUUCCCAAAUCUGAAUUUAAGUAUCCUGGCUGAAAAGCAAAUUGAGUAUUUCUUUCUCUCUGAAUUUAUGAAAGGUAGUAAGUCAUAAUAAAUUAUUAUAAUUUUACCUAAACCAAAACUGGAAUGUACUGGAAAAGCAUUGUAUCCCAUUAUUCCCACACAGCCCCCCUUUUCUGUGAUCUAAAAUUCCAACUAUUUAACCUUCCCUCAUAAAUAUGAUUUUCUAAAUUUAUUUUUACUGUUGAUCUAGUCUUUCUGUUAACUAUUCUUUUUUUUUUUUUUUUUUUGGAAAAG